GCCGAUAGUCGAACCUCAGAUGGAGAUCGCGGGCGGGCAAAGAUGCUCCAGCCUCUGUCGCUCCCCAAGAAUCGAAGCACUGGAAACCUGGUAAACAUCGCCGAACAGACCGAUCGAAGUCGCUACAGAAUGUCCUUUGACGCCUCCACAUCGCCCGGCCUUCUCGACCAUGACGCGCUCACGAGGAGUGCCUCGAUAAUAGGUGACCAUGAACAUGGCCUUGGUGCCUCUGGCCUUCGUCGAAUCCGACAACAACAGCCACCGUCCCGAAAACCAACUCUCCCAGGCUCAGCAGCCUCUUCCCGGAGCCCGUCUGUCGUUGCCCUCUCGCGAACUCCCUCGCUGAGUGCCAUGCUCUCCAGCAGCGGAAACAUCCCGUUAUCCAGCGUACCGGCGUCACCUAGCUUUUCCGAAGACUUGUCUCGAUUUCCAUCCGAAUCCCUCCAUUCCUUCUCUUUCGCGCAUCAGUCCGAGGAGUUUAUCCAUAAUCGCCAGAAUGUCCUGAAACGGUCUCUAGAGUUCAUGAAGGAUCGCAUGGGAUUACCCAUGAACCCCGCGCAGGCAGGUCUUGCGAGUGCACAGGCUCGGGCGAGUGGUGAUGUCGAGGCCCAGAAUAUGCUUGAGCUUCUUGCUCGCGCACAGCUGAUCGGGGCUGGGAACUUGCCGAACCCGGACCCUUCAGAUUCUGCACCUCCCUUGACUGGACCGCCUGAUGUCGCGGGUGAUGAUUACUUCGAGAGACAUCUCAUCCCACGAAGCGCAAGCCCGGAGCCCUUGGAAUUGUCAUCCCCCACAUCAUUGACACUUCCGCCAGCAAGGUUUCCCCCUGCGCAACAGUCGACCACCCAAAAGGCAAACGCAGCGGGGAGAAGUGUGAAUAGACUCGUGACGGCAAGCCCCGAUGUGUCUAGCAGGAGACCGCCGAACUUUGGUUCGCCUCCCGCCCUGCGCCCAAUCACUCUCAAGCGAACCAUGACAGAUACGCUUUCCAUGUCAGUGCAGGAUAAACUGAUAGAUACCAUGGCCCAGCCUUACUUCUACCAAGACUCACUCUCCUCUCCAAACCCGGCACAGCAAACACCUCUUUCAGCCACUCUGCCCAGCGCCCUUGGUCCUACCGCCCAUGGUCACACGAAUAGAUGGGUUCCUGCUGCCCAGGCGAUUUUUACUACCGAGGCCAAACCUCCCUGGACAAUCAUUGCGGCAAACGACCUGGCUUGUCUAGUUUUCGGCGUCACAAAAGCCGAGGUGCGUAAGACAGGCAUCAUGGAAGUGGUACAAGAAGAAAGGCGAUCGUGGCUGGAGCGGAGACUACUCGGGAAAGAAGGCGACGAACUGGAAGAGGCGAAGAGCGACAACCAUUCAUCCACGCCUGCCUCGUCAGCUGCCUCAGCAUUGCUCGGCGGACGGUCUGGUAUCACAGCACAGCUGCUCAGCAAACCGAACUCGAGGAGCCAGAGCCCCAGGUACCCUGAAAGACGGGCCCAAACUGUGCACAGCGGAGACCCGAAUCCGCCCAAAAUAAGUAGCGGUAAUCACCGUAGCGCUCGCUCGAGGGGCGUGUUACUCUGCGGAGACAUUGUGCCGAUCCAGAAGCGGAACGGUGCAACUGGUUCGGCGAGCUUGUGGGUGAAGGAGAAACGAGUGGGACUCAUCUGGGUCUUGGAGGAAAUCCACGAGGAUACGGCCUUCAUUACACUCGACGAGGAGGGUAUCGUUAGCAAAGUCUCUGGUGAUUGCAAGGCAAUCUGGGGCCUUGAGUCUGUCAAGCCUGGUGUGACCGAUGUGUGCACGUUCAUCCCAAGGAUACCGCGACAAGGAAUUGAUCCAAAUACUGGUGAGAUCGACUUUGCCCAGGUUCGCCGCCGCAAGUUCUUCACUUGCCCGAAUGCCCGCAAGGUGAACAUACCUUGUACCAUUGAGCAAACACGCGGAAAACUGGAAUUAAGGGUAUCAUCCUACCCCCACAUUGCCGGUAUGAUUGUCCUGGACCCUAGCACGCUCCAUAUCCGUAGCUCGAACUCCGUGUUUUGCGGCGCCCUCUUUGGAUUUGAGAAGCCGGAUGGCAUGUCUAUCAAUGCGCUGGUUCCUGGAUUUGAUACCCUGCUGGACAUGCUCAUCGAUGGCGAGAACCUCGAGCUUGUGGAAGGGAUGGUAGUCCCUGAGGAUAGAUUCCGGAGGGCCUCUGGCCUCCUGGCUAUCAGAGAACAUCGACCUGACAUUUCGGAAGUCUUCCUGAAGCCGGCCGGUCUUCCAGCGAAGCAUCGUGAUGGGUCUGAUCUUCGUGUCGAUGUGCAGAUGCGCGUCGUCAAGAGCGAGAAGCAGAUUACUGUCGCCGAAGAGACUGUUAUCGAGGGAAGUGACGAAGAUGAUCACGCCAGGCAGGAUGGUACCUUCAAUGUUGCUCAGUCGGAAUUGGUGUACGCUCUCUGGAUUACGUAUUCUCGUCACCUCCACGCUGAGCAGCCCGCCUUCAACCUUGGUUCCUUCGCGGCCGAGCCGGCCAUUGCCUCGCCGCUCCACCAACCUUCCCCUGGCCAAACACCACCUGCCCACACUCCUGCUGAGAUUCCAUCGGACGAUGAUAUCAGCACCAGGAAGGAAGAAACGUCACGCUCAUCACCGGUGUCUUCGCUACAGCAAUUCAAGGAUGUUGCUUUGAGUGCUGCAGCCAAGAUCACCGGUCAGAUCAUGUCCUCUCCUACCACAAAGACUGCUGACAAGUCUUCAUCCAAGGUCGCAGAAACACCACAGAAGAAGACCAUUGAGGACUACGCUAUCCUGGAAGACAUGGGACAAGGCGCGUAUGGCCAAGUCAAGCUCGCCCGGCACAAGACGUCAGGGAAGAAGGUGGUUCUCAAAUACGUCACAAAGCGACGUAUCCUGGUCGACACAUGGACCAGAGACAGGAAGUUGGGCACGGUGCCCUUGGAGAUUCAUGUGCUUGACUACCUCCGGAAGCCGGAGUUCCGACAUCCCAACAUCGUUGAGAUGGAAGGCUUCUUCGAGGAUAGCAUCAACUACUACAUUGAGAUGGCGCCUCACGGUCUUCCAGGCAUGGACCUGUUCGAUUAUAUCGAGCUGAGAACCAACAUGGACGAAUCGGAAUGCCGAAGCAUCUUCAACCAAGUCGCCCAGGCCAUCUCUUUCCUUCACACUAUAGGUUUAGUGGUUCAUCGAGAUAUCAAGGAUGAGAAUGUCGUUCUUGAUGGUGAAGGAAAUAUCAAGUUGAUCGAUUUUGGGAGUGCAGCGUAUAUCAAAAGCGGGCCCUUUGAUGUCUUUGUGGGCACAAUUGAUUACGCCGCCCCAGAAGUCUUGGCUGGAAAGCCGUAUGGUGGUAAAGAGCAAGACGUAUGGGCUCUAGGUAUCCUUCUCUACACCAUCAUCUACAAGGAGAACCCCUUCUACAGCAUCGACGAGAUCAUGGACCGCGACCUGCGGAUCCCCUUCAUCAUGAGCGAAGAGAGCAUCGACCUCAUCCGGUGUAUGCUUGACCGCGAUGUGAGCCAGCGCUACGACAUCACCAAGGUUAUUGAACACCCCUGGCUUGCUGUUGGCGACCAAGAAUAA